AUGGCUGCUAAUUUACGCGCGGAGAAAACCGGCUUUGCUAAACAAGCUGCCGAACGUAUGGCGGCCAAAUUUGACGGAGAAGAAGCGGCUAAAACACUGCGUUGGAUUCGCCAACUACCCGUUCCAAACGGUAUACCUAAUCAAUUUCUUUGCGCAGUGGACAAGAUUCCACGGGACAUUCAAACUGUGGACAUGGAUCAGUAUGCGGAUUAUCUGACCGAUGGUUUAGUUCUGGGCUAUGUGAUGGCAUGUGUCCGACCAGCCUGGUUAUCUCAUAUUCAAUCGGAGAAAUCCUGGCAAGUGUCCACAUCCAAACCGUUCGAGAUGUCUCGUCAACGUGAACGAAUCGGACUGUUCUUACAAUUCCUAUCCGAGGUCGGUGUGCCAGGCCCGUCACAAUUUCAAACUGAUCAGCUGUAUGAGAAAACCGGUCUAGCGCAAGUUGUGAUUGCCAUGAGCAAUUUGGUGGUGAUAGUCGGCAAAUAA